UUCGAACAUUGCAAUAAUAUUGUGUGGUGACAAGCAACACAUGAUAUGUCCGUUUAGAAACAGACAAAAUAAGAAGAAGAAGAAAGAGUCGUGGAGGAUUCUUCAUUCUUCCUCAUCCUCUUCUUCACCGAUUCAUUAGAAACCAAAUUACAAAAAAAAACGUCUAUACACAAAAAAACAAAUGGGAGAGAAAGAGGAAGUGAAACUAUUAGGAGUAUGGUACAGUCCAUACGCCAUAAGACCUAAGAUCGCUCUUCGUCUCAAAUCAGUGGAUUAUGAUUACGUUGAGGAAAAUCUGUUUGGAUCCAAGAGUGAGCUUCUUCUCAAAUCAAACCCGGUUCACAAGAAAGUCCCUGUUCUCCUCCACAACAACAAACCGAUUGUCGAGUCUCUCAACAUCGUUGAAUACAUUGAUGAGACGUGGAACUCAUCUGCACCGUCCAUUCUUCCUUCACAUCCUUAUGAUCGUGCUCUUGCUCGCUUUUGGUCUGACUUCGUUGAUAACAAGUGGUUUCCGGCGUUGAGAAUGGCGGCGAUCACUAAAUCGGAAGACGCAAAAGCGAAAGCCAUGGAAGAAGUGGAAGAAGGGUUGUUGCAACUCGAGGAUGCGUUUGUUUCUAUAAGCAAAGGGAAACCCUUUUUCGGCGGUGAAGCAAUCGGGUUUAUGGAUAUUUGCUUUGGAAGCUUUGUGGUUCUCUUGAAAGCUAGAGAAAAGUUUAAAGCAGAAAAGCUUUUAGACGAAUCAAAAACUCCUUCUCUUUGUAAAUGGGCCGACCGGUUCUUGUCCGAUGAAACGGUGAAGAAUGUGGCACCGGAGAUCGAAAAAGUAGCUGAGUUUCUACAAGAACUUGAGGUUAGAGCUCAAUCCGCAGCUUCAAGAUCUUGAGAUCAUCUUAGAAAUGUAUUGCAAUGCAAUUGUGUUUUGUGUACAUGUAAAACGAAAAUAAGUUGAAGUUUUAAAGUGUUGUGUUCAGUCUAUGCUAGGAUUUAUGACGCGGUGUAUGGGCUACGGACUAUUUUCAGUUUAUGUUUAUCGAAAAUAUAAGGGUCAGCCCAAGAUUAUUAGGGGUCGUCCCCCCUUUAACAUGGAAAUCUAUUUAAUUCGGGAUCAUAAUUAUUUUUGG